CUACAAACAGUCAGCUCCGAGACACAGGCGCUGCGCUGCGCCAGACAGACAGACAUGAUCUCCUAACUCCGUCUCUGACAGACUGACAGACUAACGGACAGCUACUGCUAUUGGACUACAGCAACUACAAACAUUCUACCUUCUUCUAAUUUUCUUUUUUUCUGGCUAACAACUUCAACUGCAGCUAGAGAACAUUACUAGAGAACUGCUUUAAUCUGUGAAAAGGAUUUCUGCCUUUCUCCUUUUCCCUCUCCUGAAUUCUUCCCCUUUUUCCCUUCCUCCCCUUUUCUAUCUCUUUCUCCUUUCCCCUCUUCUCGAUCUUAAAUUGUUCUGCCUAUUCUUACUUUCUCUCCCCUGUCUUAUUUAAACAUUUCCUUUCCUUUCCAUCCUUUCCACCUCUCCCUCUCUAUUUUGUAUCACCUCUCUCUCCUGAUUGAUUCUUCUUCAUCUCUCUCCCUCCCCUCAUCUCUCUUUCAUAUCAUACUCCCCUGGAUAUCUGCUAUAUUCCUCUCCUCUCCAUUCCUGAUUAUUCUGCGCCAUGCUUUCCUCUCCGGCUGUCGUUUUGCACCCUUACGGACUUCCUGUCUACCCCCAACCUCCUUCCUGUUACUCCGGACUUGUCCAGGGUGCUCCCCCAGGUUCGGAGGGUGGCUCCAGCUCUGCUGAUGCCUCCUUGACCACAGCCUAUGGCCCGCCCCCUGCCUACCCUCCUGCCCAGGCUCCUCCCACCAUGCAGGGGCCCCGCCUCCCCAUGGAGUUCAGCCCCGCCCACCCCUCUGUCUUGGGGGUGGAGUUUCAGGAACACGCGCUCAGAAUGUAUCAGCCCGGCCCGCCCCCCUCGCUGCCUGAGCAGAACACUGACGCCAACCCUCCCAGUAACACGCAGCAGGAGGACUCCGCUCAGUUGGACCUAUCCCAGAAUGCCGCAGGGCAGGAGGAGGACAGCAGUAAGCCUCAGCCCAAGCGUCUGCACGUGUCCAACAUCCCGUUCCGAUUCCGGGACCCGGACCUGAGACAGAUGUUCGGGCAAUUUGGAAAAAUUCUCGAUGUUGAAAUCAUCUUUAAUGAAAGGGGAUCAAAGGGGUUUGGUUUCGUCACGUUUGAAAGCAGUUUAGAGGCGGACAGCGCUCGUGACAAAUUAAACGGAACCAUCGUGGAAGGAAGAAAGAUUGAGGUCAAUAAUGCGACAGCGAGAGUCGUCACAAAGAAACCUCAAACCCCUGUGAUCAACGCUGGUUGGAAAAUCAAUCCAAUGAUGGGAGCAGUUUACGCCCCUGAGCUUUACACCAUGGCCAGUUUCCCCUAUCCAGUAGCCCCGCCCACCCUGGCUUACAGAGGUGCCGCCCUCAGGGGGCGUGGCAGGGCAGUCUACAACACGAUUCGCUCAGCCACUGCAGCCACGCCUACUCCAGUCCCCGCCUACCCAGGUCUUGUCUACCAGGAUGGACUCUAUGGUCCAGAAGUCUAUGGGGGUUACCCUGCCUACCGUGUGGCCCAGCCAGCCUCCGCAACGACAACCUACAGUGACGGGUACGGUAGAGUGUACACCACGGCUCCAGACCCCUACCACCACACUGUGGGACCCGCCGCCACGUAUGGAGUCAGCACAGUGGCCAGUCUGUACCGAGGAGGCUACAAUCGAUUCACCCCCUACUGACAACUGCUGUCCAGGAAAUAUCCAUGACAUCACUUCCAGCCAGGGGGAGGCAGUUCACAGGACCUGGUGGUUGACGACAUCACUUCCUGUGAUCUGGAGACAGGUUUUCACCUAGGGAGUGACUUCGUUUCCUGUUUCUGGAAGCCAUUGAAACUAGACUAUAAUAAUUGUGUGAAAAGAAAUAAGGAACUGUUAAUUUUCUCAAAUAAUUUGUACAUAGGUUAAUUUAUUAUUAUUAUUAUUAUUAUUAUUAUUAUUAUUAUUAUUUUUGUGUUACAAAUAAUGAAUAUUGAUUUUAAAGGCGUGCUGAACAAUUAGCUUUAUUAACAUUAUUACUCAACCCCUAUUUAUUGUGCCGAGAAUAUUAAUACUUAAAAUCCAAUGAUAUAGAGCAACGGCUGCAUCCUGGUACCUUUGGUGUAGGUCACAUGAUGUAAUUGCUGCUAGACCAUUGAAGUGACCUACAACACAACAUGAAGUGAUCAGGUAGCAGGAAGCAGCAGCAGCAGCUUUUCAUCUUGAGUUGUCUUUGAGAGAUUUGCAUGUUUUAAAUGAACUAUACAAUACUAGCAAAUAACCCAAAGAUCUUCAUUUUAUGAAGAGGAGGAGCAGUGAUAACGUUGCCUGUGUUAAUAGGAGGUAAGAGAUUUUGAAGAUGGUUAGAACUACUUUAAAGAGGGGGCAGUGAUAAUGUUGAUAAAGCUAAUAAGAGGUAAGAGAAUGGAUUUUAAAGAUGGUCAGCACUCCUUUAAAGGCAGGGCAGUGAUACUGUUAUAAUGUUAAUAAGUGGUAGAAGAAUGGAUUUUAAAACCUUGGUUAGCACUCCUUGAACUCAGGAAAGACAGGCAGUUGUGCUCCUGCAAUGGUUCUUUCCUCACACCUCAGACUCUUGUACAGUACAGGCAGUCCACAGAGCUCUCUGUUGCUAUUCAAUCGUCUGACACUCCGCAGCACAGAGGGAUAGUUCUCUGUUUGCUUGCUUUCUUGGUCCAUAGCCUCAAACACUCUUCAUUAAUUCAUAUGUGGAACUUGAAGAGACUCAGGUAGACACGUGUCUCGUGAGAUAUUGUAAGUAUUUGUUUCUUCAUGGGUGGUACCAAGCUGAAAUACACAUUUCUUUCUUUCUUUCCUUCUUUCCUUCUUUCUUUCUUUCUGCUUUACAUGUAUAUUCUUUCUUUUCUUUAUUCCUGUUUCUCUUUCCUUUAUUCUUUUGAUUUAAUUAUUUCUUUAUUUUCUUUAAUCCUAUUUUUCUAUACAUUUCAUUAUUGCUUUUGUGUCAGUUGUUUCAUUUUUCCUUCUUUCUUUCUUUCUUUCUUUCUUUUGACCAGUCUAAUUUCAAGCUGUGUUUAUUUUCUUCCUCUCUGGUUACAGACAGUAAUACUCCUUCUCUUCCAGCUCCUGUCUAUUUUCACCCUGUAUCUUGUGUUCAGCUAUUUUCUAUGGUAUCUCCUCUGUACUGUAUUUCUCUGUUAAUAAAGGCUCUUUAUUUCA